AUGUCCGAAAAUCGUCAUUUCAAUUUCAACUUUCUUGUGUCGUUCUGUCACCUCUUGACAAUGCCCGCGUGAGUUUCAUGUGCUCUUUUGCUCCCACGGUCAUAACGUGACUUUGGGAAAGUGCGUCAAAUCCUGAGAUAAAAGUCAAGUUGGAAGAUGUUAAUGAAAUCCCUUUUUUUUCAGACCGAUGUCGUUUGCUGCCAACAUGUACCUCUACCUCUUUGAAGGUAACUCUAUUUCCAGUCUACCGAUUUCCAUCAUCCCAUGCGCCGCUGACUUCAUGAGCUCAUUUUGAUAGCACAUGUUCAACCUAUUUUGGGCAUAUCCGAAAAACGCCAUUCGCUUGUUUUCAGACUUUAACGAUAUCAAAAAUCUUUUUUUGAGUAAUCAUGUUGACAAGCACAUGUCGAGUUUUUGAAAAUUCGCAAAUAUAUUAAAUUUUGGGAUUGUUGGAACAUAAAAAAAUUACAUAGUAUCUUUGCAGUUAAUCUACAGUAAGGUUCUAAAAUUCAGAAAUGUCAUUUUUUCCCUUUUCACUUUAUAAUCGAAAUGGAUUGUAUUAGAACGGAAUUUUUGAAGCUAGAUAAUUAUUUGUAAACUUUCUCUCAGGCCCAAAAAAACCAUGAUAAAGGAGAACUUUUCGAGCUUAAAAUUUUUACUUUUACGGCUCCAGUGGUCCAGCGUCUAGGCUAUGAAGCUUUAAAACUUGGAGAAUAAUAAUUUGUUUGAAAAAAAAAGGCCCAAACUUAUGAAAAAAUAAAACGGCCGUUAUUAUCCUGAUUUCAUCAAAAAUCUGUUCGUAUGUUUACAGGAACAGUCAUCUCCAUAACGAAUACCACGUUGCUAUGGUGCAUCCUAAGCGAUCCGAGAAACCGACGACGUCGCGAAUUCGCCCUCGUCGCCGCACAAGCCAUCGCAGACAUGUGCUACGCCGCCGCGUUCAUGCUUAUCGCAAACCGGCGCCUCGUUUUGUACUUCGAAGACUCAUGUUAGUGGUUAUGGAAUUGCCAAUUUCACGCACAGAAAAACGAAAAUUUCCAAAACCCCACACAAAAUCUCUUUUUGAAAACAAAACGAGUUAAUUUAGUUAGUGAGCCCGUAAAACCACAAGUGUAAAGAUUCUAAGAAAAACGCUAUUUUGCAGUAAACGGGACCGUCCCAGCCACCGAAUGUUCUUACAUCCCAGCCCUGUGGCUCCACAAUAUCGCAACGCCUCUCCUAGGACUGUUACCACUGACAACGUCUUUCAACUUUCUACUCUGUUCAGUGACUCCCGUCUGGUAUCUCUCAGCUGGCGUCACCUACACGGUCGUUUUGUUGAUAGGUGUGUGAAGUAUCUCGAAUAACUGCUUGUUUGAUUUUUCAAAGCGAAGCAGUGCCCCAUGAUCUCAAAUAACUGACAACUUAUUCCCUGAAAUUACAGUCCCGUACGCGACAGCGAUUCUCUUGCUGACGGCCAACGCUCUUCUGCAAAUCAACGUGACGACGCCGACGUCGGUCCUUUGCAUCGCAGCCAACGGCGCGGCCAAUCCGACAGCAUACCAUAUCAUGCUUUUCUUCCGAAUCGUAGCCAAUCUCGCUUCAGCAAUAACAUACGCUUUCAUUUUGAUCUACUUACGCAAGGUUGACGAAGGAAAAGCGGUUUUUUAAAAAUACUCAAGUUCAGAGCCAAGGCGGAUCACUGCGGACACUGUCGACUCAACAGCAAAAAAUGCACCGAAACGCCAAGAUCACUCUAGGUGCUUAAUCGAAUUUCACUCAUAAAGUUUAAAAUUCUUAUGCAAUUUCCUAGCAAUAAAUAAAAAGAAGAACUAUGAAAAAAUUUCUCGAAUUGAACCAUUCCGAUUCUUAGAAAAACUAAAAAUAAUUCUACAUUUACAGGGAUGGUCACACUGAACUCAAUGGUCCUCCUGUUCAUUCCCGAUGUCUUGCUAGUGUUCAACCCGUGGAACAUAACAGCCAAAUACUCGACGCCACUUUACAGCAUGACCUUGAGCAAGGUAAAGAAAAAAGUUGAUUUUCCAACGUAUGACGGUUUCAGACGAUGAUCAACUUCGGAGUGUACAUGUCCAGAUACCGAGAGCUACGGAACAUUAUUCUCGAGCGAUGUUUGUCGUGCAUGCCUGCCUGGGCUCGUCAGCACUGCAACAGCUUGCUGAGCAGUGUCGCCGGCUACAAUCCCGAGGGAACCUCGCGACUGAACGAUUCGCGGAAGAAGUCGCGUUCUUCAGUGUGUCCAGGAAUCCGAAAAGUCAACACAAGGUUCCAUUUAGAUACGAUGUUGAUGACAAUGUUUGAAAUGCUUGAGGAACUAUGAGAAGGCCGUCAACGACGCAAGGCUCGCGUCUGGUCGAUCAGAUGGCCGCAGCGGCAGCUGCGAAUCGCAAAGCGAGCGUGGCAGCCACGACGGCGACGGCAAACGUCGUCGAUCCAGCCAUUCCGAUCUCUUUGGGUCCCGAACCUCCUAUGCCUUCAACACCGCGACGGUUACCGCCCAUUCGCCUACCAGCACUAUGACUUCAAUCCGAUUCAUUCCAAUAAAUUUAAGAAGUUUUUGCGGGUCUCAAACGAAAAGACUCGCUUCGGAAUUGGGAUACAUGACUCUCUUCAUAUUGAAAUAA